CACUACUCUAUUGAACCUCGUUUUCGAAUAUCUUUCUGUACUUUUUAUUUAAUUUAAACCAAUGUAUUAUUUAUUUCUGAAAUACUUAAUUUUAUUUAUAUAAUUUUCAAAUAGCAUAUGAUCCAAGACUUAUACCUUAAUUUUGAAACAAAUCUGAAUAUACCAAUAAAUUAGGUCGUUGACUCAAGACGUAUUUUGCUUGCUGCUGUAGGAAGCCAUCUUGUAUUUUCCGAUCCUAAGUCUUUUGAUAGCGGUUUCAUUGUCUAGUUUGGAGACAGUGUGACAAAACAGCAGUUCAGAAAAUGGCAUUAAAACGAAUUAAUAAGGAACUGCAAGACCUGGGCCGUGACCCUCCAGCACAAUGUUCAGCGGGGCCAGUUGGAGAUGAUUUAUUUCAUUGGCAAGCCACAAUUAUGGGACCUCCUGACAGUCCAUAUCAAGGGGGAGUUUUCUUUUUAACAAUCCAUUUUCCUACAGAUUACCCAUUCAAACCUCCUAAGGUUGCGUUUACAACUCGAAUUUACCAUCCUAACAUAAAUAGCAACGGUAGCAUUUGUCUUGAUAUUCUAAGAUCUCAGUGGUCACCUGCAUUAACAAUAUCAAAAGUGUUGCUGUCUAUCUGCUCACUGCUCUGUGAUCCAAAUCCGGAUGAUCCUCUAGUCCCCGAGAUCGCCAGGAUAUACAAGACAGACCGAGAAAAGUACAACGAACUGGCUCGAGAAUGGACGCGUAAAUAUGCCAUGUGAUGAUUCGGCCAUUAAAUCGACACCCACGUUUAUACUAGUUAUCAAAAAAUGUUCCAAAACUUACAAAACAAUUAAACAAAAAUUUGACUUAUCUUGUUCUGAUUAUCGUGGGUGAAUGGAAGGAGAAUGUUUGUUUUGCCUCGGGGGGCCCUUCAUCACCAUGUCAUAUUGUAAGCUGGUCUAUGAAAAGUUCUAUGGUAUUUUAUUUAGUAUUUACGGAACCCUUAUUUUACUUGGACGGAUAAUUUUCCGAAGUGGCAAAAAACUUGUGUAAAAAAUCCAAUUGGAUCCUUUUCCCUCGGUGUUGAAUGUUCAGUACAGGAACGGAACAGAUUGGAUAUAACUUGUUUCCACUUUAUAGCUACUCUUCUGGUUCAAGUUGAACCUGCUUCAGGUCGCCCCUUUUUACAAAAGGCUUCCGUAUAGUUGUCUUCUUUUAAUUAAUUAUUUUAAUGUAAUUAUUGUGAUUUUUUAAGGUUUUAAACCGCUAUUUUUACAGGAAGGUUUUGUGAAAAGGUGGCACUUUUGUGUGCAUAAAGGCAAAUUCGAACAAGCGUAUUGAAAACUUACUUUAUACACACAAAAACAAUAAAGUUUCACUUUGUAAAGUAA